AUGGACUCAUCCGAAUUCCGCUCCGCGGCCGCAGAGGUCGUAGACGACAUCACAAAAUACUACGACACAAUCGCCGAACAGCCCAAAGUCCUUCCCUCCGUGACACCGGGUUACCUCCGGCCCCUCCUCCCGCACUCCGCUCCCGAGGACCCGGAACCAUGGCAGACCAUCCACGCCGACCUCCAAUCCCACAUCGUGCCCGGGAUCACCCACUGGCAAUCCCCUUCUUUCCACGCCUUCUUCCCCUGCUCGUCCUCCUACCCGGCCAUGCUCGCGGAAAUCUACUCAAACGCCUUCAACGGCGCCCACUUCAACUGGAUCUGCUCCCCGGCCGUCACCGAGCUCGAGACAAUCGUCCUAGACUGGCUCGCCAAGCUCCUCUCCCUGCCCGACGUCUACCUCUCUACCGCGCCCACCCGCGGCGGCGGCGUCCUCCACGGCACCGCCUCCGAGGCCGUCCUCACCGUCAUGGUCGCCGCCCGCGACAAGUUCCUCCGCCAGCGCACCGCCCACUUACCCGCGGACUCGGAGGAGAAGGAGGAAGAGACCUGGCGCCUGCGCUCCAAGCUCGUCGCCCUCGGCAGCGAGAUGGCGCACUCGUCCACCAAAAAGGCGGCGCAGGUCCUCGGCGUCCGCUUCGCCACCGUCCCCGCCCCGGCCGAGACGGGCUACGCAAUGUCCGGCGCCGCGGUGGCCUCCACCGUCGCUGCCCUCCGCGCAAAGGGGCUCGAGCCGUUUUACCUCACCGCCACCCUCGGCACUACGGACACCUGCGCCACUGACGACUUCCCGGGCAUCAAGGACAUCUUGACCUCAUCCUCCUCCUCCUCCUCCUCCUCCUCCGCCGCACACGAAGAAACAGACGACGACAGCAUCUGGGUGCACGUCGACGCAGCUUACGCCGGCUCGGCCCUCAUGCUCCCCAAGAACGCGCACCUGACGGCGCCCUUUGACCGCUUCCACUCCUUCAACAUGAACCCGCACAAGUGGAUGCUCACCAACUUUGACUGCUCGGCCCUCUGGGUGCGCGACCGCGCCUGGCUGGUCGAGUCGCUGAGCAUCAAGCCGGCCUACCUGCGCAACCAGUUCUCCGAGGCCGGGCUCGUGACGGACUACCGCGACUGGCAGAUCCCGCUCGGCCGCCGGUUCCGCAGCCUGAAGCUGUGGUUCGUGCUGCGGGCGUACGGCGCCAGCGGGAUCCGGAGGCACCUCGAACGGGGCAUCACGUUCGGCGACCGGUUCGCCGAGAUGCUGAGGUCCAGGGGGGAUUUGUUUGAGAUUGUGACCGGGCCGAGGUAUGCUUUGGUGGUGUUCACGUGCAAGGCGGCGGCGGCCGGAACUGGCGACGGGGCCAGGGACCGGGAGCGGAACAAUAAGGUGACGGAGGCGGUGUUGGAGAGUAUCAAUGGCGAGGGUGUCAUUUACCUUACACCGACGACGCUACAUGGGCUGUAUGGCAUCCGUAUGUGUACCGGAAGCAGCCAGGUCAUCGAAGAGGAGCACGUCAAGAAGGCGUUUGAUAUCAUCGUUGCGGCUACGGAGAAGGCGCUGGCAGAGGCGCAGUAG